AUGAGAAAGAGAAAAAUCUGGGAUUGUUCACUUCAGCUCUCCUGGAGAAUGGACGGUGAAACAUUUCCUUCCACUCUGCUGCCAGCAGGAGGUGCGGUCCACGAGGGGAUGACUCUGGAACAGAAAACCACUUUUGCAUUUGUUAUCUUCCUAUUUAUCUUCUUGGGAAUCCUCAUCGUAAGGUGUUUCAGGAUUCUUUUGGAUCCGUACAGGAGCAUGCCCACGUCAACGUGGGCAGACGGGCUGGACGGACUGGAGAAAGGACAGUUCGACUAUGUACUGGCCUGA